AUGAAUAAUCAAAAUAAUAUGAACAAUUUGUUUAGCAGUGGACUUUUUCCAAAUACACCCAGUAAAGACACAACAACUUUUAACUAUACAGGAAUGGGUAAUGUUUUUAAUCAAAGUGCUGUUUUACAGAAAAAUGGAACAAAAAAUAAAAAUUUUGAACCUCAGAAAAUUAAGGAUGAAAGAGGAUUUGGGUUUUUAGAAUAUUUUCAUAUAAAUUCUAUGAAAGAAUAUGCCGAUAAAAGCAGUGAUGAAUUAAGGUUUGAAGAUUAUUGCUUAGGAAGACGACCUAAUACUCUAGCUAUAAGUACAAAUAUGUCUAGUACUGGAAAUAAUUUUAUGUCAACCAAUACUACUUCACUAUUUCCGACAUCUAAUAUUGGAUCAAGUACUACAACUCAAUCUCAACCUUCUAUUCAGCAAAUUUCUAAUUUAGGAACAUUUAAUAGGCCAACAGAAAAUGUUAAUUUUGGAUUUAACGGCAUGAGCUCACGAUUUGGAUCUACAGUGGAAAAUGAGAAGAAUCAGUCAAUGUUUGCUAAUCAAUCCAAUAAUCAGUUAGCUUUAGCAACAAAUCAAAUAUCUAACACUACUGGAUCUAUGUUAACUCAAUCCUCUAAUCCAAUUACAAAUCAAAAUAAUAAUAUUUUUUCUGCAGAAUCUGCCCAACCAUCUACAUUUACUGGUAAUAUGUUUACUUCCACACCUAAUCAGCCACAGACGAAUACAUCAACCUUUGGAUCUACUGCCUUUCAGCCAUCUUCUACUUUUAAACCGUCUUCCGUGCUACAAUCGUCCAGUACUUUUCAACCGUCUACUACUUUUCAACCGUCUACUACUUUUCAACCGUCUACUACUUUUCAACCAUCUUCCAUUUUUCAACCAUCUUCCACUUUUAAACCGUCUUCUACGCUGCAAUCGUCUUCUACACUGCAAUCGUCUAAUACUUUUCAACCGCCUUCUACUUUUAAACCGUCUUCUACACUGCAAUCGUCUAAUACUUUUCAACCGUCUUCUACGCUGCAAUCGUCUUCCGCGCUACAAUCGUUUACUACUUUUCAGCCAUCUACUACUUUUCAACCAUCUACUACGUUUCAACCAUCUGCUACGUUUCAACCACAAACGGAUACUCUACAGCAAUCAUCUUCUUUUUUAUUUACACCAAACACUUCUAAUUUAUUAUGUGCUCAAGUAGAUAAAUCAGAUCCAUAUGGUACAAAAAACAUUAAGUUUCAAUUUGUUCAAAAAGAACUUUCGCCUUUUCAACGACUUUUAGCAGAGCCUAUUACUAAAGACAAUUCUAAAGUACAGGUCGAAGCACAAUUAGAAUACAGGUCUCCCGAACCAGAUAAGCCUGUUGAUGUUUAUUUUACACCUAGUAUUGAAGACAUUCGUGGAAUGAAUAGAAUCAAUAACAUGACACUUUAUUUUCCUGGAAAAGGUACAAUUGAAUUUCUUGAACCAGUUAAUGUUGCAGAUCUUACUGUUGAGAAUGUCAAUAAGAAAAUAUUAUUUGCUAAAAAUCAUGUGUACGUGACCGAUAAAACUGGUUCUGGACUGAAUGUCUCGGCAAGGGUCACCAUUGAAAAAAUGUAUCCUGUGUCUAAAACAGAUAAUACACUUAUUAUUGGAAAGGCAGAUAGUUAUCCACAGAAAGGUAUACAAGAUAGAUUUAUUUAUGAACUAAAAAAUGAUGAUACAAAGAAAUUUGUAGAUUACGAUUGUACAAAAGGAACUUAUGUCUACACUGUGAAUCAUUUUUAA